UCUCAAGCAACGGACAACCCAGCAAAGAACCAGAUAUGAAGACCCAGACUGUAUUGUUACUCCUCGCCUGCUUAGGUCUGGUAUCACUGGCGUCGUCCCAAAAUACAUACUGCGGGAGACGUUUAGCUACAACGCUGGACCUUCUUUGCGAUGGCCACCUGAUCAAGAGGUCUGAGCCCCACCACGCUCGGCCCCGCUUCGAGGCCAGAUGGCCCUGGAUUCAAGCGAGUCAAGCUCACAGCAUGGGUAACAGGAGGAAGCGACAGGUUGUCUCCGAAUGCUGCGAGAAACCCUGCACCGUAGACGAACUGAUGACUUACUGCGGCUUCUAAAACUUUUCCCGACCCAUACUGGAUGUACCACGACAAUUACAUACUGCUUGCUUAACUUGAUAUAGGAUUAUAUUAAUAUGAUAUUGAUAUUAUAUUAGCGCUAAUA